GUGUAACUUUAUCAGUAAAAAAGGUGUGGCUGAUCCUUCCUGGUUUCAAAUUGAACUAACGUUUUGAGUUUCAGUCAGGAUGAGACCAGCUCCACGUUUAAUUCUGCUGCUUGUGCUGUGUGGUGGAAGAGGAUUCACCAGUGCAGAGACUCGUUUUGUCACAGCAGAGGAAGGAAAAGACUUUAGGGAAAAGUUUGUGUUUAAUACAUUUGGAACACAAAUGCUCUUCUGUAAAAAUGACUGUAAGAAACAAGAAAACAUUUUGGUUAUAACUGAGGGCACCGGAGCGCAGAAUGGGAGAUACAGCACUGAAUUUGAGAAACAUUCAAAUUCUUAUGUCCUGCAUGUUGGAAUAAAUAACCUGAUGAGCUCCGACUCUGGAUCAUACAGAUGUGAAUCUUGGAAUGAAGCAGUGGUGGAGGAAACAGUAGAAUUUCAUCUUAAUGUCUCCAGAGCUGCUCCAUCCUCAGAGCCACGUGCUUCUGAAAGACCUUCUGUGACCUUCUCACUAGAAUAUGAUGAAUAUGAUGUAACACCUGUCACCUCCACACUGACUCCACCCGAGAACCUCACCUCAGGUUUGUGUCCCGGUCGUCUGCUGUGGCUCCUGUUGAUCCCUGUCGCCGUGGUGAUGACCUCAGUGCCGCUGAUACUGAUCUGCAGGAAGAAGAAAACACAAAACGGUUCACCUGUUUUGACUUCAAAACGGCAAAUUUCGCUGGAAGAUCAGGAACCGAGACUCUCCAGAAGAGAGACUCAAGUGUACGAGAACUUGAAAGCAAUGAGGGAAUCUGCAGACUGCAUUUACCAGAACCUCCGUGUGGACACCAUGGACCCAAACCACAUCUACAGUAACGUCUGACUGUGGACUCAGCGCACACUGCCCCCUGGUGGACGAGACACACAACAGCAGUGAGAGAAAAAGCUCCUCCUGUUUUUCUGUGUCAUUUUGGGAACAGAACUGGCUCCAUUCUGUACAAUAUCACAUGAGCUAAUAGAGCUGUGUAUAGAUCACUGCACAUGUGGGUUUGUUUGUGCGUUUCAUGAAAUAAUAAUUGAAAAUAUCAAGUUUUCUCAUCAAUAAUUUCACACUUCAACUCAAAAAACAUCAGAAUCAUAUAAUCGCACUUUUACGUGACCUUCAAGACAACGUGUUAUGUUUUAUAAUCUGUGUGUCAUUCGUUCAUUCAUUUUUCAAAAUAAAACCAAAAAUAAGAAAACGAAAAAACUAAUAUUUUCUUCUAUUUUCUGAACGAGGACUAAACCAGGUCUAAACCAGGACUAAACCAGGACUAAACCAGGAUUGAACUAGGUCUAAACCAGAACUGAACCAGGACUGAAACAGGACUGAAACAGGACUCAACCAGGACUAAACCAGGUCUAAACCAGGUCUAAACCAGGACUCAACCAGGACUCAACCAGGGCUAAACCAGGACUGAACCAGGACUGAAGCAGGACUGAAAUAAAUCUAAACCAGGACUGAACCAGGACUAAACCAGGACUAAACCAGGACUGAACCAGA